AUGGCUAUGAACGCCCCAAUGCAGCCCAAUUAUCCUCGUGGCUACCCUCAGGCCGCGCAGCGCUCMCCCGCCGCACCUCGUCGCGGAGCUCCAGUACCAGGACCCGGUGUACCUAUGCCCCAUCAACAAGUCGCUCAUCCUCAGUACAUGGCUGCCGCGGCCGCCGCAGCAGCUCACCAACGCGGUAUGCCUCCAGUCAGCGACGCACAUCUCAGGCGCAGCCGAAAGCCCACCGAAAAGAACAUGCCAGAUGGUAUCGAAGAGUAUGUCAUUGGCGAUGGGGUGCAAGAGUACAAGAAGCUACAAAACAUAGAGAAACGUCUGGAUUCGUCCAUGGUUAGAAAGAGGUUGGACAUUCAGGAUUCGUUGGGCCGAUCGAUUAAACGCUACCAGACUUUGCGUCUUUGGAUAUCAAACACGACCGAAGGACAGGAAUGGCAACAGGGCGAACAGAACGGAAACGGCGAAGGACCUGGUGCGGGCCGAUACAAAGUGCGAAUCGAAGGUAGAAUCUUGGAUGAUGGCGAUGUCGAUGUGACUGUCCCGGCCGAAGACAGCGAUUCUGAGCCAGAGGAAGAGGAUACUGCGGGAGGUGAAGAAGGUGAAGACUCAGAAAAGCCCAAAUCAAAACAGCGCCAACAACGCCCACGACAGAAGCUGUCGCAUUUUUUCAAAUCAAUCACAAUCGACUUUGAUAGGACAAACAGUGUAAAGGAAGCCGAUUUGUCACCUAUUACAUGGACAAAACCUCAGAUUCCUCCAACUGCUGUAUCUCUACCACCUUCUGCAGAUUUUGAUGAAAUAUCCUUCUCUCGCGCAGCUCAGGAGAAUGUUAAUUUCACCUUGACCCUCGUCCGAGAUGAGCAGCCUGAGCGGUUGAAGCUGAGCCAGGAGCUGCAGGAUAUUAUUGAUAUGGAAGAGGCCACAAGGAGUGAAAUUAUCUCUGCUCUCUGGGAUUACGCCCAAGUCAAGGGACUUCAAGAGGAUCACGAAAAACGUCUUGUCCGCUGUGAUGCGAAAUUAAGAAAUAUUUUCGGCCGUGACCAAAUAUUCUUCCCUGCAAUCGUCGACGUGAUCGGAAACAUCACCGCCCCCCUCGACCCUAUCAAGCUUCCCUACACAAUCCGCGUGGAUCAGGAAUUCCACAACAACCCAACACCCACAAUAUACGAUAUUCGCGUCGCCAUGGACGAUACUCUCCUCCAGAAAAUGGUCACCCUCACCACAAACCCUCAAUACACCACGUCCCUCCGCAAUAUCAGCGACCUCGACGACCGCCUAGCCACCAUCAUCCAGGCGAUCACGCACUCCAAGGCCCGCCACUCAUUCUACACUUCCCUCAGCCGGGACCCCGCGAACUUUGUGCGUCGCUGGAUCAGCUCGCAGCGUCGAGACCUGGAGACUAUUCUUGGAGAGGCGGUUCGUGGUGGUGGUGAGGACGGUAGUGGUCCCGAGUUUAGACGGGGCGGUACUAGCAGUGCUUGGAAUGCGCCUGUGGCGAGAGAAGCGGUGCGGUAUAUGCUUGCUCGUCCGGAGGCUAAUACCGUGUAUCGAUAG